UGUCAAAAUUACGUCUAGAGAGAGGCAGUGUAAACCCUCCUUCAAAACAAAACAAAACAAACAGAAAUGAGUACACAGUCGUCGUCAGAUGCAAAAUCCUCACGAUCCAGAGGAUGGACAAAAUAUGUUGACGAUGUUUACGAUCCGAUAAAAGUUGGUUCCAUCGAUGGAACCGACACCGAGCCACACGACAGAGCUAUAAUUCGAGCCCUGAAAUCGACUUAUAAGCCUAACGAACGUGUGGUUGGUGAACCGCGGCACACCGUAUUCGUCGGUCGAUUACACGACAAAACUGACGAGGACAAGCUGAAGCACAAAUUCCGAAAAUGCGGCAAAGUUCGACGUUGUCGUGUUGUUCGAGACAUUAUCACUGGAGCUUCCAAAUGUUACGGUUUCAUUGAAUUCGAGUCAAGGUCCGAGGCUCGAGAAGCCGUUAGUACUAUGAACAAGGCCAUCAUUCAUGACUGUGAAAUCAUUGUUGACUACGAAUGUGAACGGACAUUGAAGGGUUGGAAACCUAGACGAUUAGGAGGCGGAUUUGGCGGUAAGAAGGAGUCCGGCCAAUUGCGGUUCGGUGGAAGGGUGCGUCCAUUUCAACGGCCGUUUGAAGUCGGUGAUUCUUCAAAACCAACCAAUUUCCGCGAAGUUUUUCGACAACAGAAGUUGCAUCAGCAUAGAUAGGGAUACUGAGAGAUUAAACGGUUCGAGUAAAAUUUCCAA